AUGGCUGCUGACAAGCUUGCUGCCUUGGUUGUGGUAGCAUUGCUUGGUUGUGUGGCGCACACAUGCCAAGCGAGCUAUGGGUAUCCCAACCCAUUGCCGCCCACCUCAAGCCCACCACCUCCUGCGGCACCCGCACCAGCGGUACUCACCGUGGGCUACUACCAAACGAAGUGCCAUAACGCGGAGAAGAUCGUGAGGGAGGUCGUCGAGGAGGCUGCAAAGGCCGACCCUGGCAUCAGCGCCGCGCUCAUCCGCCUCUUCUUCCACGACUGUUUUGUCAGGGGUUGCGAUGCCUCGGUUCUCCUUGACAACACCACGGCCAACCCGCAGACGGAGAAGUUCGGCAUCCCCAACUUCCCCAGCCUCCGCGGUUACGAGGUGAUCGACGCGGCCAAGGAGAAGCUUGAGAAGGAGUGCGAGGGGGUCGUCUCGUGCGCCGACAUCGUAGCCUUCGCCGGGCGCGACGCCACCGUUUUGCUAAGCGGAAAAAAGAAGUUCAGCUUCCUCGACUUCCUAUGGGGUGACAGGAAGUCCAACUUCGACAUGCCGGCCGGCCGCUACGACGGGAACAUGUCCCUCGCCAGCGAGACCCUCCCCAACCUGCCCCCUCCCUUCGCCAACGUCAGUGUCCUCGAGGAUAUGUUCAGAGUGAAGGGGCUCAGCCUCGAGGACAUGGUCACCCUCUCGGGCGCCCAUACGGUCGGGAUCUCCCACUGCUCGUCCUUCCUUGACCGCCUACCCCCAAACCCCUCAUCGAUGGAUCCUACUUUAGCCGCAUCCCUGCAGGGGCAGUGCAGCCGCGGCGCCGACCCCACUGUGGUUCAGGAUCCCGAGACUCCCGAUGAUCUGGACAACCAAUACUAUGACAACGUGCAGAAACGCAAGGUGCUGUUCAAGUCAGACGCCGCGCUCAUGUCAUCUGAGACGACAUCGAGAUUGGUGGACAAUCACGCCAAGGACCUGCGGGAGUGGUUGAAGCAAUUCAAGGCGGCUAUGGUGAAAAUGGGCAGCAUCGAGGUGAAGACCGAGGCCAACGGGCAGAUCAGAAAGCACUGCCGGUUUGUGAAUUAA